UUUCCAGGUGUUGUAGGCUCCGCGAAUUAUUUUUCAGGUGAUUCUUUUGUACGUCAUUUGAAUUGUAAUUGUUUAUCGUCGGGUGAUUACUGUACAGUUUGCAUGAAUUCUCACUUCCUUCUCGGUUGAUUCUAAUGCGGGUUGCGUGAAUUUCUCCAGUCAAAUUUCCGGUGGAGAAACACUGCAGUUAUGGUAGCAGAAACACGGAAUCGUUAGGGUUUUUGUUCUUCGGCGCAUGUUAAUUUCCGUGCAGAAGAACUAAGUGGGAAGAGAAUUGAAACAAUUAUAAUGGAGCCGUUAUGGAAGCUAGCAUUUUUGCUGGAGCCUGCACCUGUCACUCUCAUUUUGACAGCAGUAGCAGUGACCUUUGGAUCUGCAUUUCGAGCUUUAAAUUACGGGAAAGAAAUGGAGCGAAACCGUGAUUUUUCUGAGGCAUCCAUCACAUUAGAUAGGUCUCAAGCACUCAUGAUCCCAGUGAUGAGCUCUUGCAGCCUACUGCUUAUGUUCUACCUCUUCUCCUCUGUAUCGCAGCUGCUCACAGCCUUCACAGCCGUGGCAUCUGCCUCUUCCCUCUACUUCUGUCUAUCACCCUAUGUCACAUAUUUCAAGGUGCAAUUCGGUCUGGUGGAUCCUUUUGUGUCGCGUUGCUGCUCGAAGUCAUUCACUCGAUGUCAAGGGAUACUUGUGUUAAUAUGCACAGGGAUCGUUCUGGCCUGGCUUGUUUCUGGGCAUUGGAUGUUGAACAACUUGUUGGGAAUUUCAAUAUGUAUUGCGUUUGUGAGCCACGUUCGCCUUCCAAACAUUAAAACCUGUGCACUGCUUCUUGUUUGCUUGUUUGUGUACGAUAUAUUCUGGGUUUUCUUUUCAGAGAGACUAUUUGGCGAGAAUGUUAUGGUCUCUGUUGCCACACAGCAAGCGUCUAAUCCUGUUCACACAGUGGCUAAUACUUUGAGCCUUCCGGGCCUGCAACUGAUAACGAAGAAAUUGGAGUUGCCCGUGAAGAUUGUGUUCCCUAGGAAUUUGUUGGGUGGAAUGAUUCCUGGAGCUAAUGCAACAGACUUCAUGAUGCUUGGUCUUGGAGAUAUGGCCAUCCCUGCUAUGCUUAUUGCAUUGGUGCUCUGUUUCGAUCAUCAGAAGAGCCGGGAUUCAACAGGCACUUUAGAUAUAUCUUCCCCAAAACAACACAAAUACAUAUGGUAUGCACUUUCUGGAUAUGCCAUUGGACUUGUAGCUGCUUUAGCCGCUGGGAUCUUGACUCAUUUACCCCAACCUGCCCUUCUGUAUCUGGUGCCUUCAACUCUGGGACCCAUCAUUGUCCUCUCAUGGCUGAGAAAGGAACUUGCAGAGCUAUGGGAAGGGACGACGCAAAACCUCAAUGAGAAGUCUCGUUUGCCAGAGGUUUAAGUGACUUUAUCUUCAGCAUCGGCCACUGGCAUCGAUGUACUGGCAGAGCCCAACCUAUACUGUAAAUUCCUCUAUGGAUCGCUCUGCCCCUACCCGAGGAACCUUGAUAUAGCAAUAACAAUUUAAUGUUCUAUGAAAUAGUAUUUACUUUCU